GCUGUUGGCGGGUAAACAGCGAGCACACCUGCCUCAGUAACCCUCCAGAGGACGGAUGUGAUGACAUCAGUGCAGGAGGCGUGGCUCUCAGCUCACGCGCAUCUUCACUCCACUCACCUCACUGGCAUUUACGCCACUAACUGGAAUAAAACCCAUCAGGAGCGAGGAAAGUGACGGGCAAAUAACACACGCAUUACGAAGGUGAUGUGAGAGAGAAGACAUCCUGUACGGUCAGACUGCAGGAAGCUGGAGAUGAGGAUUGUGGGAUUGUGGAGGACUGGGCGAUACAGUCCCCAGCUGGUGUUUCUGCUCCACUCGCUGCUGGCUCUUCUACAGCCCAGUAAUGCUGGACACCAGAAUAUACCACGACUCCAGCUCUCGCAUGCAGAACUGAGGUCGAGGAACAGCUCUGCUGUGUUCUGGGAUGGUGGAGAGAGGGGAGCGUACCAGGCCCUACUGCUGGAUGAGGACCGCGGAUGGCUGCUGGUCGGAGCCCGAGACCACAUCUACAUGCUAAACUCUGACAGCUUCACCCAGCCGGCACGCAAGAUUCACUGGCCAGCUGGACAGGAACACAUUGAACGCUGCAAAUAUGCAGGAAAACAUCUAUCGAUGGACUGUGCCAAUUAUGUGAGACUCCUACAGCCCUUCAAUAAAACACAUGUCUAUGUAUGUGGGACCGGCGCAUUCCACCCACAGUGCACCUACAUUGACCUGGGACACAAUCUUGAGAAACCCACUUUCCAGCUCCAUAGCCAAGUUGGAGAAUCCGGGAGAGGAAAAUGUCCCUUCAGUCCACAGGAGCCCUUUACCGCACGACUGACAGAUGGGGACCUGUAUGCCGGGACGUCUGUAGACUUCAUGGGAACAAACGCUGCUAUUUUUCGCACAUCUGUGCAUAGCAGCAAUCAACACUAUAUCCGCACUGAAGCUUACCAGGACCACUGGCUAAAUGAGCCAGAGUUUGUGGGAUCGUAUUCUAUCCCUGACACACACAGCUUGGACGAUGACAAAGUCUAUUUCUUCUUUAAAGAGACCGCCGUAGAGUCCAACCAGCUGGACAAGCGUAUCUACAGUCGUGUGGCUCGUGUCUGCAAGAAUGACAUAGGAGGAAAACGAAGCUUAAUUAAUCGCUGGAGCACCUUCCUGAAAGCCAGGCUGGUUUGCUCAGUACCAGGACCUGGAGGCAUGGACACACACUUUGACGAGCUGGAGGACAUAUUUCUUUUGGAGACCAAAGAUUCACAGAAUCCAGUCAUCUAUGGCAUAUUCUCCACUUCCAGCUCUGUUUUCAGAGGUUCAGCCAUUUGCAUCUAUUCCAUGGCCUCUAUACGAGCCGCCUUCAAUGGGCCAUUUGCACAUAAGGAGAGCCCUGAUUAUCGCUGGAUGGAGUACAAGGGGAGGAUCCCUUAUCCACGGCCAGGAACGUGUCCGAGUGAAACCUAUGACCCUUUGCACAAGUCCACCCGAGAUUUCCCCGACGAUGUUGUGAGCUUCAUGAGGACCCAUCAGCUGAUGUGGGAGCCAGUGAUGCCCAUUCAUAGGCGCCCCGUCUUCACUCGGAUCAACGCCCCCUACAGGCUAAAGAAGCUCGUGGUUGAUAGGGUUGAUGCCGAGGAUGGGCAGUAUGACGUCCUACAUCUUGGCACGGAUGAUGGCAGAGUAUUAAAGGUGGUCUCUGUACCUAAAGAGAACUGGGAAACUGAAGAAAUCAUUCUAGAAGAGCUUAAUGUCUUCAAGACUCAAACCCCUAUACUAAACAUGGAGCUCUCCACCAAAAGGCAAGUGCUCUUUGUAAGCAGUGAUGAAGGGGUCGUCCAGCUUCCUGUGCAGAGGUGUGAGCUGUAUGGUAAAGCGUGUGUAGACUGCUGUCUGGCUCGUGACCCAUACUGCGCUUGGGACGGGUCCUCCUGUACGAACUACUUCCCUAGCAACAAAAGGCGUGCCCGGAGACAGGAUGUGAGGUAUGGAGACCCCUGGAGCCAGUGUCAGGACAUGAGAGACGGUUCAGAUGAUGCUGAACUGAAGACAGUUUACGCUGUGGAGACAAAUUCAACCUUCCUGGAAUGUAUCCCACGUUCACCACAAGCCACGGUCAAGUGGAUAAUUCAGCCAAACCACAGCCAAAACAGCAAAGAGUUGGUUCCAGGUGAAGAAAACCUCAUCCACAUGCAACGUGGGCUCCUUCUCCAGCACUUAGCAUCCGCUAAUGCCGGCCUGUAUCUCUGCAUAGCCUACGAACACCUGUUCUCCCGCACGUUAGCCCGCUAUGAGGUCCACGUCAUCCCCAAGAACCACAUGUCAAGAGCGCAGAACACCCAUCCCGGAAAUUACGCAGCCUUGCCAAGGAGCUACAAGGAACUCCAUCUGAUGGGAGUUAGAGAGCUAACGUCUGAUGAGUACUGUGAACAACUUUGGUACAGCGAAAAACGACGACAGCAGAAACUACGCACGCUAAAGUUGAAGCAAGUGGCUGAAAAUCGUAAAGCGAGAGUUAGGCGACAAAAUCCACCCAACAAGCCUCUAGACAGAGAUGAAACCACAGACUUAAGGACUGUGAGACUAGCAUCUUUGUAGCUUAAUGGCUAAAGCUACAUUCUGACUAGCUGCAACCAGCAAACCAGCUACUGUUAUCGCAACAACAAAGGGCUACAGACCAUAAGAACUGUAUUAUUCUUCUAUUGGGUUCUCUAUUAAGUUUUAUUUUGUAGCUUGUGCUAGUGUUAGCAUGUAGCUUUAAUCCAAUAGACUAUAAUAAAACAGACUGUAGCUGUACAACUGAGAUAAAUUUGUGCAGUCUGGCAUCCACAUUUUGCAUACAUUUAACGUAAUAUUUCUAACGGUUUCUAUUGUUUGUGAAACUUCUUGAAAGACAAGCACCUAUGCUAAAUGCUAGGUAAGCUUGGUAAGCUAAUAUUGAAAAUGGACAAGCUAAUGCACUGUUUUGAGCGAAAUGCAGUGCAACGAUGAACUGACUUCUCUUGCUUUCACUUGGCAUGUAGAUUAAAUAGUCCCUAAAACUGUAUAUCAUUGGUUUGCUAUUAUAUUUGGACUCUUGACACAAUCAUAUUUAGGCCACAAAUUUGAAGUUUGUUCUGACAACAGCACGUGCCUCCAUGUUCAGAGGAAGUUUGCCAAGGAUGUGCCCUUCAUGCCUUUCCUUCCCCUUCAAGAACAAUUUCUUAUGCUCUUUCCUGAGAACAUCCUUGACUAAAUAUUGUGUUUGUUUCAUGACUCCUUUCCAAAGCUCUCCACUCUGGUCCCUUGUGUGUACAGUAUGUGUAAGAUGUAUUUGUGUGUAAAAGCAUAUGGGGAUGGGAAGCAGAAAAUGGCAUCCAAAGAUCAAAGAGCUUUUUAAAAUUCUCUUCACUGCCCAUGAAAAUGAUUUCCAGAACCAUCAUGAUUUUGUUCUUUACCGUAACUAAAUGAAAAGUUGUCUUUGGCUUACUGUGGAAACUGAAAAAAGUUAAACAUCACUAAAUGUACAUUGUUUUAAUGUAUGUUGGUUACAUAAGUAAUGGAGAUCACAUGUUGGGUUUCUCCUUUAUGUUUCUAACUCGCUCUAGCAUGCUAUACUUUUAAUGUUGUAGUGGUUGCUAUAUAUUUAAAUACCUAAUAACUGAUUUUAGACUUGUAAAUAAUACUGUUCAAAACAUGUUUUUUCUUUUAAGAAAUGUUACAAAGGUUUUUUUAUAUUUCAAAACAUGCUGUUUUUUAGACUUUUUCGAUUCGUAAAAGAAUGCUGGAAAAAUGUCAGAAAUAUAUAAAAGGAUUAGUUCACCCAUAGAUGAAAAUGAGUCCAUAAAUUACUCACCAUCAAGUUAUCCUAGGUGUGUGUGACUUUCUUGAGUGCAACACCCGCUGAGCAGCAUGCAGCUUGAAAGAUCAAAGACAAUUUUUUACAUAACUCUGACUGGAUUUGUCUGAAAGAAGAAAGUCAUAUACACCUAGGAUGCUUUCAGGGCAAUUAAAUGUAUGGGCUAAAUUUCAUUUUUGGGUGAACUAACCCUUCAAGCAGCUCAACCAUUUUCAACAUUGAAAAUCUGAAAUAUUUCUUGAGCAGCAAAUCAUCAUAUUAGAAUGAUUUCUGAAGGAUCAUGACAAUGAAGACUGGAGUAAUGAUGCUGAAAAUUGUCUUUUGCAUCACAAGAAUAAAUUACACUUUAAAUAAAUUUUUACAUAGAAAAUAGUUACAUUAAAUCAGAAUAAUAUUUCACAAUAUUAGUGUUUUUUUUAUUUUUUUGAGAAGACAAAACAGCCUUUGUGAGCAGAAGAGACUUCUUUCAAACAUCUUUAAAAAAACUUACCUCUGACCUCUAAUGUUUGAAUGGUAGUUCACAUUUGUACUGUUUUAGUACAUGUUUUAAGCUUAGUAAAGCACACCUGUCAUUUUCAUUUGUGAACAAAGUGAACAUAAUUUCUUAUCAAUUGUUUUUGCUUUUGUGAAAUAUUUCAUAUUUUCAUCAUUCAUAUAUAUGUAUUGAAAAUAUAAAGUGAAAAUACACCUUGGGAAAGACUGUUUCAUCUUUCUGUUUAUAUUUAGCUUUUAUUGAACACAAUUAUACUUAACAUAAUACAUGAUUUAAUGAUUAUUGUACAAUGUCAAUGACAACUUCAUGUUAAGCAGAUAUGUUUUUAUAUGGGCACAGGCAGUUAUCAGUCACAAGAGUACUUUAAGAUUCUGGAAAACCAACAUUUUUAUACAAUGUGGACAUUUACCUCCGUAUACUGAAACAACCAUGAGUCAACCAGAAUUAGACAUUUAAUUCCAAUUCUAACACCAACUAACUAACACAACUCCAUCAAGCAUGUUGCAGUUAAGAGGCAAACUCUGAAAUAUAUGAUUUAUCCCACUUGCACAUAA